AUGGCGGCCACGGAGGAUGAGCGGCUUCCUGGUAGCGGUGAGGGAGAGCGACUGGAUUUCCUGCGGGACAGGCACGUGCGGUUCUUCCAGCGCUGCCUACAGGUCUUGCCGGAGCGCUACUCUUCGUUGGAGACCAGCAGGUUGACAAUUGCAUUUUUUGCACUCUCCGGGCUGGAUAUGUUGGACUCCUUAGAUGUGGUGAACAAAGAUGAUAUAAUAGAGUGGAUUUACUCCCUUCAGGUCCUUCCCACAGAAGACAGAUCAAAUCUAAAUCGCUGUGGUUUCCGAGGCUCUUCAUACCUGGGUAUUCCGUUCAAUCCAUCAAAGAAUCCUGGAACGGCUCAUCCUUAUGAUAGUGGCCACAUAGCAAUGACCUACACUGGCCUUUCAUGUUUAGUUAUUCUUGGGGAUGACUUAAGCAGAGUAAAUAAAGAAGCUUGCUUAGCAGGCUUGAGAGCCCUUCAGCUGGAAGAUGGAAGUUUUUGUGCUGUACCUGAAGGCAGUGAAAAUGACAUGCGAUUUGUGUAUUGUGCUUCCUGUAUUUGCUAUAUGCUGAAUAACUGGUCAGGCAUGGAUAUGAAAAAGGCUAUCACCUAUAUUAGAAGAAGUAUGUCCUAUGACAAUGGGCUGGCACAGGGAGCUGGACUUGAAUCUCAUGGAGGAUCUACUUUUUGUGGCAUUGCAUCACUAUGUCUAAUGGGAAAACUAGAAGAAGUUUUUUCAGAAAAAGAAUUGAACAGAAUAAAGAGAUGGUGCAUAAUGAGGCAACAAAAUGGUUAUCAUGGGAGACCUAAUAAACCCGUGGACACCUGUUAUUCUUUUUGGGUAGGAGCAACUCUAAAGCUUCUGAAAAUUUUUCAAUACACUAACUUUGAGAAAAAUAGAAAUUACAUCUUAUCAACUCAAGAUCGCCUUGUAGGGGGAUUUGCCAAAUGGCCAGAUAGUCAUCCAGAUGCUUUGCAUGCAUACUUUGGGAUCUGUGGCCUGUCACUAAUGGAGGAAAGUGGAAUUUGUAAAGUUCAUCCUGCUCUGAAUGUAAGCACACGGACUUCUGAACGCCUUAGAGAUCUUCAUCAAAGCUGGAAAAACAAGGACUCUAAACAGUGCUCAGAGAAUGUACAUAUCUCCACAUGACUGAUUUUAUAUUAGGGGGGUGGGAUUUGUAGCCUAACUGUAGCUCAAGGUUAAAAGCCAUGUAUAACCAAGUGUGCUCUUUUUUUAAGGGAUAGAGUCUUACAAUCAAAACUCAUACUGCUAUCACUUUGGAAAAUGGUCUUGAGCCAGUAACCUUUGUACUAGGUUUCAAGAAAAUCUUUGUUGAAGUUUGAACCACAUUGGAUUCUGUUGUGGUUCUUAAAUGUUUAUACAAUAUUUCUAAGAAGUUCUUUGAGGUAAAUUAACUGUAUGUAGGUAGGUUAUCUUUUUAAAAACUCUUAGUACAAAUCGUAUCUUAUAUAAAGUGAACACAAAUCUUCAAAACAAGUUUAUACUUCAUAUAGCAUUGAUAAUCUUCAGUUGAGGACUUAGUGAUCAUUUAAAAAUCUUGACUGCUGAUGUUAAAAAAAAUUGCUUUAAUGAAUUAAGUAUCUGGGAUUAGUCUUUGAAAACAGAUGAUCCCAUAAUUUUUUUUUAACAGAAUGGCUUAUUUUAUCUUAUUCUGAAGUGUGCCAAUUAAAUGAAAUUAAUGACUGGAAAAAAGUAAAUAAGCCUAACUAAUAAGAUAGUUUUCUAAAGGGAGAUUGUUUUAAGAAGACUAUUAUGUAACUGAGGAAAGAGUAAUUUAAUUGUGAUUAUGAAAGAGAAAGUUUUGUGCUGUGUGGAUCUUUAUGUAUAUGUAGACAUUGCUGGUGUGACUACCAGUUAUGUUUUAUUUUAAUCUCAUAUCAUUAGUUGUCUUUUCUAGGGGUGGGGGAGAAAACAUUCUUAUAUAGAAGGAAAAGCAUUCAGUGUUUCUGUUUAUAUUUCUAAGAUUCAUGAUACUGAAAAUUAUACUUUUCUAAUAGUUACUUUUAGCCAUUUAAAAUUUUUGUUGACACCAGUGUGUUAUAUUAGCUGUUCUUAUUUCAAACUAUCUGGUUGCGAAUCCCUAAUCCAACAAUCUGAAAUCUAGAAUAGUUCAAAAUCCAAACUUUUUGAGUGCCAACAUGACACUCAAGUAGAAAUUUAUCUGACCUCUUACGACAGAUUACAGUGAAAAUGUAAUAAACACAGUAAAAAUGUAUAAAAUUAGCUUCAGCUAAUUUUGUAAGGUAUAUAUGAAACAAAUUCAUUGUGUUCUGACUUAGGUCUCAUUCACAAGAUAUUAUGUAUAUGCACAUAUUCUAAAAUCUGGGGAAACAAUGAAAAUCUAAAUCACUUCUGAUCCUAAGCAUUUUGGAUAAGGAAUAUUCAACCUGAAAUAAUUUUCUAGCUUUUUCAAAUUCAGUAAAAAAUUUAAAUGCAAAAACAGAACCUCCCAAAUAAAUUCAAUGGUGCAGCUCCAUACAUAGUCAUAGUAGUUUAUAUUUUUAUAUUUUCAGGUAAGUGGCAGGGGAAUGUAACCAUUUAGAGGGUGGUAAGAAUUAGAGUUGCACUUUUGUUCAUUACUUCAUAUUAAUUCAGUGAACUAGCUAAUCACAAAGGUGAUGUUGUAAAGACUCUACAUUAGUAAUCAACCUGUCAAUAAAUCACAUCUAUCACUUAGUCACUUUCAGAGAUAUGAGUCUGAUACUGAUAUGGAGAAGGAAAUCUCACUAAAGGAGCUAGAUUUAAGUUAAUCUUGGUAAUGAUAAAAGUUGAAUCAUUAGUUCUACAGACAUCAGUAUAAAAACUAAGUUGUGUUACUCUUUAAGAAUUACAAAUACUUUCAAUUUAUUUAAUUUCUUGCCUAAUUUCAAGAAUAUUCUAAAAUAACCCUUCCCAAGGGAAACCUAGCAUGUACUUGGAAAAAUGAUUCGUUUAUUAGAAUCAUUGGUAUGUUUAGUUUUAAACUGGAAUUUGCAAAAUCAGAUGUAUUUUAUUAGAAAUAAAAUAGUGCUGGGGGUAGCUCAGUGAUUCAGUGUUUGUCUAGCAUUUGUGAUGUCCUGAGUUCAAUCCCCAGCUUCAGAAACAAAAGGAAAAAAAAAAUCUUCCAGUGGUAGGGAAAAAAUUAGACUUAUCCAAAGAUAUUAUUCUUCCAAGAGUUAUUCAAGUUGCUUUUAAAUCCUCACAAUUUAAGAUAUCCCUAUCUCAAAUUCAGUCGUCUAUUAGAGGUUGAGAGUUAAAAUAACAUGUAUAUAAUGGCUUUAUGAGUAUGUAGAAAUCCCACAUUUUUCCUGAGUCACUAACAAGGUUAGAAGAUAAGAAAAGUACUAAUAGUAAUUAUAUUCAUAAAUCAAAGUUAAGUGAAUUCUAAUGUAAAAGUCAUUCAUAAAACUGUUAGAUAUUUUUUAACUCCUUGAAUAAUUUAAUAGCAAAAGAAUAUUAAUAAUAGAAUGAUUCUAAUUGAUACACACUGAGAGACAAAGUUUCUUGUGAAAUUUUAGAGGCCAGUGAAUGUUCACUUUUCACCAAAACAUACUGACCAAAAAAUCCUGGGCUGUUGUGAGUUUUGGAAAGUUAUUUCUAACUUUUCAAAAAUAAUUCACAAGAAGAGUAUUGAUUAAUAAAGUAAAUUAUAUACAAUA